AUGUUGAGAGCUAGCCGGAAGAUACGUACAGGUCACGCCGUUCGGUCUUUGGCCACCAUUGCGGGAGUUAGGGGGCAAGCACCUUUGAGUCGAUUUGAACCCGACCAUAGCGUUGACUAUGUCGGUUUCCUAGACAAACUCUCUCGUAUGAGAAAAAUCCUUGACCGCCCUCUCACGUAUGCAGAGAAGGUUCUUCUCACACAUCUUGAUGAUGGACAAGAUGACAAAGUGAUUCGAGGAUCAACACAACUGAAAUUGAGGCCUCGGCGCGUCGCCUGUCAAGAUGCCACAGCCCAAAUGGCAAUUAUCCAAUUCAUGACAGCAGGACUGGACAAAACUGCUGUUCCUACCACAGUUCAUUGCGAUCAUCUCAUCGUUGGUCGAGAUGGUAGCGAGAAGGAUCUUGCUGGGGCACUCACAAGUCAUGGUGAGGUGUAUGAAUUCAUGUCAAGUGCAUGUCAACGCUAUAAUAUGGGCUUCUGGAAGCCCAACGCCGGCAUCAUUCAUCAGAUUGUGCUUGAGAACUAUGCUUUCCCAGGUGGCAUGCUGAUUGGCACUGACUCACAUACGCCAAAUGCUGGAGGCAUGGGCAUGAUUGCUGUAGGUGUUGGCGGUGCGGAUGCUGUUGAUGUCAUGUCUGGGCUUCCUUUUGAGAUCACAGCCCCUGAAAUAAUCGGUGUCAAGUUGACGGGUCAGUUGAGCGGUUGGGCUAGUCCCAAAGAUGUCAUCAACGCAGUUGCAGGGAUCCUUGGAGUUAAGGGUGGCACUGGCAAAAUCAUCGAAUACUUUGGCCCUGGUGCAGAGACAAUAUCAGCCACAGGGAUGUCUUCUAUUACCAACAUGGGCGCUGAGACAGGAGCAACCACAUCAAUCUUCCCAUACUCUGAGGCUAUGUCUGCCUACUUGCGCGCGACUAGCCGACCUGAGUUAGCGCAAGCUCUGGAAGUGGCCAAACAUGAGCUGCAAGCAGACGAGGGUGUCAAGUAUGAUCAUGUUAUCGAAAUCGACCUAUCUACACUAGAGCCACGCAUCAACGGCCCGUUCACUCCCGACUUAUCGACACCGAUCUCUAAGCUGAGCGAGGCAGUUCAGAAGAAUAAAUGGCCUGACCGGCUUUCCGCUGGACUGAUCGGAUCAUGCACAAAUUCUUCUUUUGAAGAUCUCUCCCGAGCUGCUAGCUUGGCAAAACAAGCUCUGGAUGCAGGCUUGAAGCCUAAGAUGCCACUACUCUUGUCUCCUGGAAGUGAGCAAACUAACCAGACACUUAAGCGUGAGGGUGUCAACGAGGUAUUUGAGCGUUUGGGCAGUAAAAUAUUGUCUAAUGCUUGUGGACCCUGUUGUGGUUCGUGGGACAGAACUGAGAUGACAAAGGGCACACCAAAUUCGAUCUUGGCAUCAUACAAUAGGAACUUCACUGGCCGUCUUGAUGGAAAUCCUGCUACCCAUACAUUCCUCUCUUCACCGGACAUGGUUAUGGCCAAGAUUUUCUCUGACGAUCUUGGUUUCAACCCUCUGAAAGAUGCUCUUGUCACUGAAUCUGGCGAGGAAUUCCGCUUCAAACCUCCUAGCGGCAACGCACUCCCGUCAGAGGGGUAUGAAAACACAGAUCACGUUUACGAUGCGGCUUCCACAGACCCUCAGGUCCGACAGGCCGUCACUGUGCAAAUAUCGCCAGACUCCCAACGUUUACAACGGUUAGCGCCAUUCAAGCCUUGGUCUGGACAGGAUUUCAUCGAGUGUCCUAUUCUUAUAAAGACUAUGGGUAAAUGCACAACAGACCAUAUUACUACAGCUGGCCCAUGGAUGCGAUUCCGUGGUCAUCUCGAAAACAUUUCCAACAAUACCCUUAUCGGGGCUGUGAACGCAGAUAACCAAGAGGUCAACAAGGUACUUAACCAAGUCACCGGAUCGUAUGGGGGUGUCCCAGACACAGCCAGGGAUUACCAAAAGCGAGGACUUCCUUGGGUCGUUAUAGCAGAUCAUAACUAUGGCGAGGGAUCGUCCCGUGAGCAUGCUGCUCUUCAGCCUCGAUACCUUGGCGGUGUGGCCAUUAUUGCUAGAUCAUUUGCUCGUAUUCAUGAGGCUAAUUUGAAGAAGCAAGGCAUGCUCGCGUUGACAUUCGCAGAUGAUACCUCAUACGAUAGGAUCAAGGCUUCAGACCGUAUUAGUAUUGUCGGACUGACCGAACUGGCGCCCGGAAGGAAUGUGCAGCUUAAGAUUACUUCAAAGGAUGGUACGAGUUGGGGGACUGAAGCUAAGCACACUUUCACUCUUGAGCAAGUGGAGUAUUUCAAGGCUGGAAGUGCUCUAAAUGUUAUGGCUAGUCGACUCUCUGACAAGUCAUCUUCAGCAGCGCCUUUGUAG